AUGGCAGCACAGAAGAGGAAGAGGGGCGCUCCCCAAUCGCACGCGGCCACCACCACUGAACCCGCCGCCGCACCAUCCCCCCUUCAACCAGAGGCAGGGCCAUCGACGACCGCGGCAGCGACGACGACGACGACGACGACGACGACGACGACGGCGACGACGACAGGCGACGAACCAACAUCGGCGGCGCCAUCGUCCUCGAAGCGGCCACAGACCAGCAGCGCCGCAUCCCGCGCGCCUUUUUUCACCGGCGCAGCCAUCCACAAGGCCCUCGACACCACCUCGGCCGACUCGCUCAGGCAGGCGCUCCACCAGCUCCGCCUCCAGACAAACCUCACCUGGAGCGAACAGGCCAAUCCGACCUCGAUACCCCCGACCGAUGCGAGGAUCAAGAUCGUACAGGAGUACUGCCAGCUCUGCCAGGACCACGCAGACGUAGCAGCUGCGCAGGCCUUGGAGAGCAGCGGGCCAUCCAGCCAACCCUCGUCGGCCGCAGCCGCAGCCGCAAGGUCCAUCUUUGCCGCAUGGGAUCUCGCCGAAAAGCAGUCCCUAGGCCCGCUUCUGCCGCUGCCCAUCUUUGUCCUCGCCCACUUCCUCCCCCUCCUCUCGGCCCAUUUCCCCACCCAGGCGCUCGGCGAGGCCAUCAUCGCCCGCCUCCUCUCGCCCAACGAGCCGUGGUUCGACCUGCUGCAAAACUACAUCUCCAACAGCACCUCGUCGGGCGCAGCGGCGGGACACGGCAAGGCGCGCGACCAGAGCCACGUCAACAACGACGUCGCCGUCCUCGCCAGCCUCGUCCUCCUCCGCGAAAUGGCCAGCUUCGGCCGCGGCCGUUUCGCCUCGCGCGUCUUUGACCGCUUCAACUGGGCCCUCAAGAGCCUCCCGCGCCUCCUCAACCGCCGCAGGAGGCGUGCCAUCGACCACGCCAAUGCCGGCGACAAGGCCGACAAGAAGCACGACAAGGGCAAGUCGCGGGCCCGCCCGCCCGUCGCCGAUCCGUCGGGCGACCAGCACGGCGUCGUCUCGCUCCAGCGGCCCGACAUCCGCACCCUCUACAUCCUCUUCCUGCUCGCGUUCCUCUCCCAGACCUACUCGUCGUCGCUCAAGGUGCAGCUGCUCGACCUCGGCCGCGACCACCUGCCGCAGGUGCUCAAGGGCCUCGUCGCCGACCCGCCCGACGUGGUCCACCACGUCCUCGUCUCGCUCCACGAGGACCUCGUCUGCGACGUCAAGGUGCCCCGCGCCCGCAAGGCCGGCCUUCUCAACGAGUGGGCGUGCGCCUGCAUCAUCAAGCUCUACGAGCGCGACGAGGAACGCCUGCUGGUCGACGAGGACGGCGCGCGCGUCCGCGGAUCCUCGGUCGCCGAGCUCGCCCACCACUUCCUCCUCAGCAUCUCGACCCACGCCGGCUUCGGCGUCUGCUACCCGGAUCGCGGUUGGUAUCCCAGGCUCGCCAGCGCCAGCGGAGGCGCGGGCGGCGCCGCCAACGACCACGACGGCGUUCUCGCGGCGGCCGACGACGAGCUGGCAAAGGCCGGAGACGAGGCAGACGAGGACGACGAGGCCGGCGUCGUGGCGCGCAUCGGCGGCAGCCGGAGCCGCAAGGCUUUCAGCCGCCACAUCUACAACAAGGCCCUGUCGGGCGUGCUGCCGCGGCUAUCGGUGACCGAGGACCUGCUGCAGCAGGAGCUGGCGCUCGGCAUCCUGCGCGCGUGCCCGGAGCUGGUGGGGCCCUACCUCGAGACGGCGUGCGGCGGCCUCACCCUCGAGCCGCGGACCAGCUCGCGCUGGCUCUGCAACGCUGCCUACGUCGGCCGCGUCCUGUCGCUCGAAUUGCCGUCCUUCCGCAACGCCAGGCUGCAGAGGAUAGCCGAGGGCACCGCCAAGGCCAAGGUCGCAUCCGCAUCCGCAUCUCCGACGUUCCUCUCGUCGUACUCUCCGCAGCCGCCGCCGCUGUCGACGAUCCUCUCCAACAUCCUGCCGUCGCCCCUCUCGCGCCAGCUCUUCACCCGCGGCCUGCACAACCCGGACCGGCUGGUGCGCCAUACGACCGCCUCGAUCCUCUGCCGCUGCCUCGAGCGCCUCUCUCGCUUCCGGCGCACGUGCGACGAUGCCGCGCUGCAGCUCGACGAGGCCGACAACGGGCCGUGGCGGACGAGGGCUCGUACCGUCGAGAUCGAGGCGCGGAAGCGCUUGCCCGAGAUCUCGAUCGUCGUCCAGCUCAUGCAGGACCUCACCGGGUCCGACCCGUCCGGCUCCACGACAGCGACAGGCGCGUCCGCCACCAAGGAUGGCGAUGUUGUCGCCGCCGCAUCGGACGGGACAAGCCCAGAUCAGGAGAUGGGCGACGCCGACGCCGCUGCAGCGACGAGCCCUCCGUCGAGCGCCAGCAGCAACGUUCUGCUCAUCGAGGUUUCGCUGCGCCUGCUGUGGCUCUACUACCUCGCCGUGCCCAGCUCGGCGCUCGACUCGCGCUUCGACGUCGGCAAGCUGCUCACCAACUCGUUCAUGGCGCCGCUGCGGCGGGCGACGCUCGACGAGGACGGUGAGCCGGUCAAGCUCAACCUGCAGGCCCUCUGCCAGGUCCACGCGCUCCGCAUCGUUGCACUCUCUACCGAGCUCUCGUUCGACUGGAGCGCCAAGGCCACCGUCUCGGGGGCCGGCGGAUCCAAGGGUCCCGCCAGGAGCUACCUCGGGCUCCUGCUCAGCGUGUACACCACCACGCCGCUCGACCAGGUCAAGGCGUCGUGCGAGGAGCUCUUUGACCGCCUCGUCGCGCCGUCGACCCUCUUUGAGCACGACCAGCGCGAGCUGGCCGCGUGGCUCGAGAGCCUGCCCCGCACCGACGCCAACACGGCCGUCAUUGCCGCAUCGGCCUCGGACGACGAGGACGACGAUGCGGCAGGUGCCGGCGAGGGCGAGGGCAGUGCCAUUUUGGGCCCCGUCGAGUCGCUGAGCGACGAUCAGACGUUUGUGCUGGGCCUGCUCGACGAGUGCGCCCAGCGCUGCAUGAAGACGCCGUACCGGUACAUCGAGGCGGCACGGCAGCUGCUGCGCGAGGCGCACGAUGCCCGCGGCGACGAGCAGCGCAGCGACGACCUGGUGGCCUCGCCGCUGCUGAUGACGAUGCUGGAGCAGUUUGCCAUCCGCGCGCGCAAGGGCCUCUUUGCGCAGGCCGGCACCGUCGAGGCGCUUCUGUCCUUCUUCAACCGCCUGCUCCCCAACCUCGUCGGUGCCGGCCGCUCGCUCGUCGCCCUCGAGCGCGUGGUCGACCAGAUCGUCGAGGCCGUCGAGGCUAAUGCCGCGUCCCUCACGCCGGCCAGCGAAUACCUCUGCAAGACCCUGCGUGCCUCGAUCGCGGCGCUGCGCGUCGCGCCACAAGGAACGUCGUCGGCCGGCAUGGAUGUCGAUGGCGAGGAUCCCUUUGAAGAUGCCACCUCUCCUGCCGAUGUCCGGCGACUCCUCCGCAUCGCCCAGCGGCCGCUCUCGCAGGCUGCGGUAUCGGGCCUGUGUCGCAAGGCGCUGUCCUUCCGCGCACUCGGCCAUUCGGGCGCCCCGCAGAUCCUGCAGGAGCUGCACGCCACAGAGGAGAACCUCGCCGUGGCCCUCGGCGACAGCUUCCCUUCGUCCAAGCUAGGCCGGCUGCCGCUGCUGCACAUGCCGGCGGCUCAGCAGCUCGAGGAUGAGCACGAGGUCGAUCCGUUCGUGGACGUCGACGAUAUCGACCCGGACGAGCUCGAUGCGUGGACCUCGCCAGUCCAGGCCAAGCUUGCCGCUGCCAUGGCCAUCGAGCGCCUCGCGUCGUCGUCUUCGGUCGAGAGCACCGACCCGCAACUGCAUCAGACCGCCUCGAUCCUUCGUCGCGUCGUCGCCUCGGGCGUCCUCGAUGCGGCCGACCUCGAGCGCCUCGUCUUUGCCAAGUCGUCGCUCCUCGCGUGCCUGUCUGGCAGCCGCGCCGACGCCUUGCCUCUGAUCGUCGAGAUCGCCGACGUCGUCUCGCAGGUGCUGGUGCCGACGUCGUCGAUGCAUCGCAGGCUGGUCGCGCCGAUCAUCGAGGUGGUGCUCGCCGCUCUCGGCGGCACUGGCCCCGCAUCCCAGCUCCAGGCGCUGCUCAAGCUGGCGCCCUUCGCCGACGACGAUGCGCUGCUGCAGGCGACGAAGCUGCUCCUCGCAUCGCUGCAGGCCCAGAGCCACGGUGGCGACCUCGCCGAUAGCGUCUCCCUGACUCUCGAGGCCCUCAACGUCUGCACCGGCCUCGACACGACCGGAGCGGCGCAGAGCAGCCUAGCCGGUCAGGCCGAUAUGCUGUCCGGCCUCAUCGGCCGCGUCGGCAACAAGAACGAGCGGAGCGCGAGCCUCAUUCUCGUCCUCCUCGACCGGGCAGCAUCGGCGAAGACUUCUUGGCCGGCCGAUGACCACGACGAUGAGAGCCGCAGCAGCGGCGUAGAGCAGCUCUUCCAGCUCGACGCUCUCGUCGGCACCGACGCGCUCCUCCUCAAGGCGCUCGAGGCUUCUGGCUCCAACGUCGACCUGGUCGCCGCACUCCUCUCACGUAUCGUCGUCGGCGACGACGCCAACGCCGCCAAGGCCAAGGUCAGGAGCCACGCCUUCACGAUCCGCACAUCCUUGCGUCACCUCGUCGACGAUGGACGCGGUGCGCAGCACUGGACCGAGGGCGUCCUCGCCCGGCUCGGAAAGCUGCUGUGCGCGGCGUUGGUGGAUCUGCGCCCGGCAGCAUCCAAGAAGCAGCCCGUCUCGCUGAGCGCCGACUCGGUCGCCGUCGAGAUGGCCCUGUGCGCCUGCCUGGACACGCUCGUGCAGGCUGCCUCGCACAAAGGCCUCGCCACGGGCCUCGCCUCGGUCCUCGAUGCCGUUCUUGAGCUGCUGACGGGCUUGCAGCCGAGGGACACAUUCACACCCGGCUUGCUCGCUCUGACGCAGUCCGUGCUGUCUUCCGACGCCGGACCGGCUGAUAAGCGCGCGGCCAUCGUGCAGGCUUCCAUCGACCAGGGCCUCCUCUACCUCGUCCGCCGGUUCGCCGAGGACGACAACGACCACAUCGACCUCGUCGGGCGCAUCAGGACGUUUACCGCGCUCGUCGAGGACGCGUCCACCGGUAGGCUCGCCGAUGCCAUCAAGGUCAAGGGCCACCUGGCAGACCCGGUCAUCGAAGCCGCCCUGGGCAACAGGAUGCUGAGCUCGGCGCCCAUCCAGCUCGUCCUGUCGCUCUGCCGCACCGCAUCGGCUCUCAAGACACCGCAGCUGUCGAGGUACCUCUCCACGAUCACGUCGCACGGCGACUUCCAGGCCAUCGCGACCGGCACCGCGCCGCUGUUGGCGCCCGUCGUCGGCAGCGAGGAUGGGCUGCAGCCCGCCGACAAAACCGCCUCGGCCAUCCUCGACGACGACGACAGCGACGAGGCCAGGGCCCGCCUCGAAGACGAGCAGCACGAGCACCGGCUGACGAUUGUGCAGGCAAUCCACGCCAUCGUCUCGCGCCAGCCGAUCGAGCUCGCCACGCUGCCGCUGAUGACCAAGCUGCUAGCCGUCUAUGGCGGCACUGUCUCGCUCGCCGACCGAUGCCUACUCGACGUCUUCCGGUUGUUUGAGGAGGAGUGCGGCUCCUCGUUCCUCUCGCUCGCCCGGCACUGGGCCAGCCCGGCGGCAGGCAUGUCGGCCGACGCCCUCUCGUCGCAGAACAAGGUGCUCGAGGCGCUCCUCUCGCUCGAUCCGGCGGUGGCGUUUGCGACGUGCACCGAGUACCCGCGCGCCAUCCCGCUGCGCCGCUCUGCGAGGUCCGGCUACGCCGCCGACGUCGAUCGCGACGAAGCUGCCGGCCACUCGGACGCCACGACGCGGUACGAUCCCGUCUUUCUCUUUUCCCUGCUCGCCGGCUCGCUGGCCGAGAGCAAGGUCAACGGCUUCGAGUGGCUCCAGGUGCUGCGCACCAAUGUGCUCGGCGUCGUCGUGUGCGGCCUGUCUUCGCGGUGCCCCGACAUGCGCAAGGGCUGCCUCGAGCUUCUCGGCAAGUGCUAUGCGAGCGUCGCCGAGGUUGGCUUUGCGCAGCGCGACUAUGUCCUCCUCGCCCUCGACCUGCUGCGCGGCUGCAUCCCCAAGGACGCCUACGACGACGCCCAGCGCGGCUGGGAGGCGCCGCCCUCGCUGCCGCUGACGACGACGCUGUUUGUCGCGCACACGCUGCGCUCUAUCGGACACCCGUCGCUCUUCACCUUUCCGCUGCUGCAAAAGUUCCUGCUGCAGCGGCCGACGCUCGACAGCACCGACGUGCCGCUGCUGUACAACAUGCUCUACUCGUCGAGCGAGACGCACCGCCAGGAGCGCAUCUGGAUGCUGCGCUUCCUCCGCGACGUGGCGCGCGCCGGCGGCAAGCCCGAGUGGAAGGUGUGGAAGCGCAGGCACGUCUGGGAGCUGCUUACCAGCCUGUACGACAGCGUCGCCCUCGGCGGACUGCCGCACGCUGCCGCUGCGUCCAACAAGGACGGCGGCGACGACGACGAGAUCGUCAAGGCUCUCAUCGAGGACACGCUCGUCUGGCUGGCGCGCACUCCGCCGGUGGCCACCGAGCUCGUCGUGCGCCGCGGCGUUGUGGCCUGGAUCUCGGAAAAGCGGACCAGGGAGGCCCAGCUCGCCGUCUGGCUCGGCAUCCUCGUCGAGCUCAUCGAUCACGCCGACGUCGCAAAGUGGCACCGCGCCUCGUCGGGCACGUGGCAGACCACCCUCCUUGCCAUCGUCGACGUCGCCCUGCCCCCGCCGACGUCCCCGUCCUCGGUCCGUACCGCUGCCGGCGCGGCGAGCCCCGCCGCCGAGGGCGCCGCCGCCGCCACGCACGAGGCAGGGGACCAUCGUCGACUCUUGGAGCGCACCGCCGCCGCUCUGCGCGAAAAGGUCGCCCGGGCGGCACACGCCGCGACACUGACGAGCGCGGCUGACACCGCAGCGGCCACGACGAUUUUGUAG